GUCAUCCAAAUCUAGCUGUCGCGACAAUAUUUCUCCAGUACUUCAAGCGACUGUGGGUAUUCCGACAUUCCUCUUGCAAACGUAACAACCGGCGGUUUCCAAAAUUGCAGCGUACCAUCGACUCGGUUUUGUCACGUCAUUGAAUCGAGUCAUCGUUUCGAGUAAUGUUGAUUGGUGGAGGUUUGCGACAGAUUUCUCCGUGAAGACACGCUGUGCAUUGUCUGUCUUGAAUGUUAUGACGAUGUGAAAGUACAUGUCAGUUUAAAUUACGAAACGUUUUGUGUGUGCUAGGGAAACGUGCUGAUUGGAAUGGGUUUUCGAAGUUUACUUCGAUUACGGAGACCUCAGCGAGCUGGUAAGCUUUUAAUUUUUGUGGUAGCAGCUUGUUCAAUCUCAUUUCUCUUCAUCAAGUAUUCUGAACGUAAUAGAAACGCGAGCGUUGUCAUCGAGAAUGUCGUGACAAACCUUGUUCAACCCUUCGCUGAUGAGAAAUCUACCGCGAACCUUUCGCUGAAUGUGUACGUUUGGCGUGAAUUGUGCGGUAUGAACGUUCAAGACAUGAAACAAACACCGACAUUUCCAUAUUACCCCGAUCAAAAGGAGUUUUUAAACGAUGUAUUCGAAGUUUCCGAUAACACAGAAUACUACGGACAGCGUAUAUUCGGCUUUCUACAACCACCAACAAGUGGACCUUAUCGUUUUGCGAUUGCCUCCGACGAUUCGUCGGAAUUGUGGCUUAGUGAAAGCGAAGAUCCCAAAGGGAAACGCUUAAUUUCUCGGGUAUUUGACGAGAAAGCGUGUUGUGGCUGGACAAAGAAGGAUGAACUGAAUAAAUACCCCACGCAAAUGUCUCGAUUCGUGAGCCUUCAACGAGGGAAUCGAUACUACAUUGAAGUCAUCCAUAAACAAGGUGUUGGUGACGGAUUUGCACAAGUUUUUUGGAGCACGCCUUCAGAAGCAGAAUUUCGACUUAUCUCUUUUGAGCAUUUUCGUCAGUACUCAAACAAUUCAGUGGUUUUGGCGAAAAAGGAUGCCUAUCACAUGGCGUUUUCAAACAAAUACCAAAGUCAAUUCGAAAUGAAAGUAAACAUGGAAAGCCGUAGGACGCUCAAGUUUUAUUCAUUAUCGUUAGUUCCAAAGGCCAAUUAUUUACCUCUUUGUGAGUACAAAUCUAGUGCUGUUUGGAACUUGGUGUGGAAUGCGAGCGUGAUCAGUCAGUAUGAAAGUUUAAAACUGCUUUAUUUAUCCAAUGUUUACCCGCCAGAUGAUACUAGUAUGGGGGACAGCGGAAUCGUAAUGGGAUGGCCUAACCGUGUUGCUGACAAAGAGAUUGUAGAGUCAGUUGUAAACAAAACGAUUGGUUCUCUUCGCCGUUACACAUCCAGGUAUGUAUCGUUUACAUUAAGACGCUGUGUAGUGAAGUAUAGGGAUUUUAUUUUCCUUCAAGGCGCUAAGUAGCGCGUGAAACGGAUAACGUAAAUUUUGAGAAACAUGGACGGAGGACGGUCGACCAGAGAAUUAUCUGUUUGGCUCCCGAAGAUCGUUACACGUACUGCUGAACCAUGAAAUACACAGUAACACUCGUCCAUUUGCUGUUUGUGAGUUGGAACGCUCUGUGCCAGCAAAUUGUCGGAAAUGUGUCAAAUGUACCUGCAGGUCGAGUCCAAAGUACAUCGACUCCGACGUCCAAAAAAAAAACCACAAUUUUUAAGAUAAAUCAACGCUCUUUAGCCACUGUUUUAUCGUAAAUGGAUAAAGAUGAUGUUGAUACGAGGGAAGGGAGAAGUUUUGUUUGAAUAACCACGAAAUAUGUUACAAACUAUACCGAUAAACUCCCCUCGGCUCCUUAUGUGAGGUUUAUGGUGAUAUCGUCAUCGCAUAAUGGUUUCAAAGUUUUAUAAAAUUAGCCAUAAAUCGCUAGGAAAUAACUCAGUAAAGUCUUAUAGUGGUAUGUAUGUGCGUAAAGCUUGUAUUUAUAUUAACGUUUUUGAUGAAAAAAAAAUUACGGCGUCUUAAAAAUAUACUUCCUCAAAGGAGAGAAGUAUUUAUCAGCGGAAAUGGAAAUUGUUUCUACUGAGAUGAUGCUCUUCAGGGGAAUGAAAUAAGCGAUGAAAAACAUGAAGAAAUCCAAAAGUCAAGCGAUAACUUGUUUGAAGAAUAGAUCACGGGCAUUUGGGCAGGAACUAUGGACAUAGACGCGGUUGUGCAUUGCUCCUCAAGUGUUCCAUUUCUACCUACUCAUUGUCUCAAAAAAAAUGGUUCUAAUUUGAGCCCCGCGGGGGAGGGGUGGGAAAAAAUAGAAACAAAAUAAAUGAGGAUAAUUGAAAUGUUUUAAAAACGCGGGAAGACACGGCAAAAGGCUUUCCUAUUUAAUCUUCGCCUACAACAACAUGGCAGGUUCUUUUACCGUCGUCCUUUGCGAUUUUAAUUCUUUUGUAUCGUUUGAAGUAUGACUGACGGCAACACCGUAAAUGGAUCAUUGCAAAACUAAAUUUAGGUUGUCGAAAGAUAAGAUCUUACUAUGCAGCAUUCCAGAUUAGUGACGCGUCACGGUAAUCUCUUUAGUAAACUAUGUCAAACUGAGACACACUAAUAAGCGAGAUACUCAUUGAAUAGAACUGAGGAUGUGAACAGAUUUUAAGAGUGUGAUAAAUUCUAAGGCUGCCUUUGAUUAAGCCUUUUUAAUUUGAUCUUCAAGUACUUAACGCAGAAAGUGCACAAACCAUAAGGCUUUCAUUCCUUUCUUUCGUCUUGAGCCUUAGCGCCAACGCACUUAACGAUUUUUAUUCGAGGGUUGUCGAUCCUUUUCUUCGUUAACCCUUUAACUCUCAUAAGUGACCGAGACAGAAGUUCUCCCCACAAUAUCAAUACAAUAUCAACCAGAUAAGUGAUGAGAAUAAAGAAAUAUAUCAAUUUGGGGGUAAUUAGUUGAUCCAAUACUAAAUUCUCUGACCUAAUACUAUAAGAAUUGUAUGGUUGACAGUAAGGAGAAAGACAAAUUUGAUCUAGGUGUUAAAAGGGUCGAUAAACUCGACUUUUCUUGUCAGUAAAGGGUUAUUGUGUUUAUAUAAUUGUUCUUAAGAAUAUAAGUACCCUAAUUAAAUAUCACUUAAUCAAACAUCACGGUGGAUAUUUUAAAAGGGAAAGUUAUUACAAUAUCUCUGAAAGUUAAUUGAAAAGAACUUCACAUGGUUUCUUUUUGUGAAAGUCUUUUCCGUCUUAAAUCUACGGGGAACGAGUUCCAAAUUUUUGCUUUCCGGAAAUCAAUUGACACUGGCUAGCAGAAAGCUUACUUGGUUUUUCCCGUCUUAAAUCUACGGGGAACGAGUUACAAAUUUUUGCUUUCCGGAAAACAAUUGACACUGGUAUCUGGUACGUAGAAGAUUUCGUAAUCCUCAGGCUAGCACGAAACUCCCUUAUAGCUCCAGCCUACUUCUUAUCGUAUUUUGUUAGACUUUCUGAUAUUCAUAACUAUGUUGCAAGGCAGAGCACAAGACUAUCCUUACCGAGGGCGAAAAUUGUUAAUGAGGUGCUUACCGAUAUUAUGAAUACCGGAGACUUGCAGACAUUUAGUUGCUGCGCAAAUAGUUUGCUUUGUGUUCUUAUUUUUAGAGAUUUACUUGAUCGAUAUUUGAUUUUUCUAAAGCUAACGUUUCGAGCGUUAGCCCUUCGUUAAAUGAAAAGCAAUUAAAAGAAGUUUCAUUACUUAUCUCUCCCAGGAUUCCCAAGUUUGCAGUUAGGUCUUUGCUAAGCCAAUAUAACACUUUUGAAACAACUUAAUCUUCACCCGUGCAUUGCAUCUCGUAAGAAUUUCUCUUAGGAAAUCGCAGUGACAUGUCAAAAAGUACUUCUGGGUAUUGUGUUUUAUUCGGAUGAAGGAAUUGUUGAGUUCAGAGUUUAACAAAAUUAAUUUUCUUUAAUGUAUGAAAGGCAUUUUGUCCAAGCAGGGAAACAAAGAAUAUCAGUUUACAGGCGUAAAUAUUUGCGAAAACAGGAAAAAAAAAACAUGAAGAAACACAAUUUUGGAAGACCAUAUUUAUCCUCACUGAAACCUCUAUUGGGUUUACUUUUCAAUGGUCCGUCCUACUUGAGUUUAUUAACACUGAAAAAUACCCAUUGCAGAACACUAUUUAAAUCUUUUACACCUCAACAUCGGUAUGUUUAUUCUUCAUACUGCUCUCUCCAUACAUGUUCGAAGAUGCUGGUAGGGAGAAUUUGUUUUAGCAAACAACGGCUUCUAUGGUUUGUGAUCAUUUCCUUCAUUCUCAUAACCUUAAUGUUUGAUCCAGAGCUGACAUUGUAUUGAGAAAUUAGAUACUAAUCACUCUAGGGAUCAAAGGGUCAAUGCACAGUCGAAGGGCUAAACUGAUUAAUUGGUUAUUAAUCGAUUGAUUAAUUCAUUGAUGGAUUAAUUGAUUGACUUGUUGAUUUAUAUUUAUUUAUUUACACUGUGUUUUCAUUUCCUUUUAAGGAAUUAUGUUCUGGAGAGGAUCCACAGAGUUAUUCAUAAGCCAGAUCCAGUAUAUGGUGAUCGCUUCUCUCUCGAUGUAGAAGUUAGUUUGGAACGCAGCAAGAGGUCAUUUCGUUUGUCAGAACACGUCUUCGUUAAAACAGGAAGCGGCCAGUUGUGUUUCCAAGAAGGUAUAAUUUGGAAAAAUAGCGUCACAGUGUACUUUAUACUCCCAGUCAAGAAUCAAGGCAACUGGGUCUAUCAUUUUAUCAAUGAAUUAACAAUAGCUAGCUCAUUAACGAACGAUUUGAACUUUCACGUCAUGGUUAUUGACUUCGAAAGUCGAGAUAUUGACAUGGAGAAAGCUUUCAACACCACCCUCCUCCGUGAUAGACACACCCUUGUUAAAAUGACGGGUAAAUUUUAUAAGACACUUGCGCUGAACGAGGGCGUCGCGCGUGUACCAAGUGAACAUGACGUAGUGUUUCUCUUUGAUCUCCAUAUUGACGUGCCUGUGGACAUCAUCGACAGCGUGAGAAAGGUAAAUAACUGUAAUUUCUAAGAUAGAAGACCAACAGUAUCCUCACGAAGAUUUCCAUUUAACCCUGUUCUUCAUUAUGCAUGUUUUGCGUUGAUAAAAGAAAACAACAGAUUUCCUCCGGGGACCAAGACUUUAGAGUGGUUUUCGAUUAAGUUUCGUUAAAAUCAGAAGCGAAGUAAUCACAAUGGCCAAUCCGAAGGAGGGAAAAUAUUUUUUCUAGGCCAAUGAGAGCUCAAAGUAAAAAAGAAAACCAAACUGCCUAAAGUGCGGGCGACUAAGUCGUGAUUGGUUUUAGUUUGGUUUUAGGGGGUACCAUUUGAUCGUGUUGUCUGAUCGUCCGGGUUGGUGUAGUCCUGAGAAAGGUUGUUGUCGUCAGUGGUGACUGCCGUUUUGACAACCUUAGCGGAUGUCAUCUUUAGAGUCACUCUGCCGGUUGGGUUGUCAGUCCCAACUGCCCAAAACAGUUCUUCUCAGAUGUACCCUAACCCUCAUCAUUCUAGAAAGUUCCAGAGCCCUGCAUCAGAAUACUCCAGUAUCAGAAAUGCAUGACAAGAUUUUGUAGAAAUUUCCACAAUCUCCCUUCUCCUUUAUCACUUCACUAUCUCUCAAUUUCUUAUAUCGUUUCACGUUGUUCCUAUUCUUAAAUGUCAUGUGUCGCAGGUCUACUAUGUCAAGCAUUCUUUUGAGGUCUUUCUUCCAUUUUACGCAUCCACUUCCUUUCUCUUUGGACACUUUCGACACGUGAGUGUCGUCGUAGUCAGAUAUGGUGAUUAGUCAUGUGCUUGUUAGCCACGUACUUGUGCUUCUCGGCUGGGGUUACUUCUUGAAUGGAUGAACACACUUAAUAUCCCGCGUAGUUGAAUGUUUUAUAUUAUUGUCUUUAUUUUUCGAUUUUCCUUUUGUAUUUUUAAGAGUCAGCAUUAAAUUUAUCAUUUCCAUGUAAAACCAGAGGGACUGUAGGUAACGACUAACGUAUUCCACGUUAACACUUCCAGGCACCUUGUUUUAUAAAGAACCUUAACUUCGUGUUUAUCAUGCUCUUCUUGUUGAUCUCUUAGAAUACCAUAGAGGGACGCAUUGUGUUUUAUCCCAUUGUUGGCCGAUUAGAUUGUGGGAAAAGUUUAACGGAUCAUCAAGGUUUCUGGGCAGAAGACGGCUUCGGCCUGCUCGCCAUGUACAAGUCUGACUGGAAUCGAGUUGGUGGUAAGUCGAAUCUCACCGGCAAAAUAAAUAGAAAGCGUAAUGUUUGGUCGUUUCUAAUACAGCUUUCGAAAGCAAUUUUAAUGCCCUUACGAUAUGCCAUGUGCUUGUCCCUAUGUAACCGCUCCACAUUCUUCCAUUCUCUUUGUUCCCCAGGAAUGGACGUCGAGAAGUUUAAAUAUAAGUGGGGCGGCGAGGACUGGGAUUUUCUGGAUCGUGUUGUUAGAGCAAAGUUAGAGGUAGAACGCUUCAAGUACCCAGGCCUCUAUCAUCAUUUUCACCACAAGCGAGGCAUGUGGGAUAUGGAACCAACAACAUCAAACCCACUGGGCUAACCGACUGGCGCAUGCGUUCUUUAGGACACUGGUCCGACUUCUCUUACUCGCUUGUGGCACCUUACAUUUUAUCUUUUUGGGUGAACAUAAUAAUUCCAAUGAUCAAACGAUGCUAGGUAUUUAAAUCUUACUUACACGCAUAGUGUCACCAUCCUUCAGUAUGGCUCACGCUUUUUACAUGUUUUUUCCAGUCUCGACAGUAUCCUUUAUUUUUUAGAUAUUCUAAAAAUUAUUUAUUUACUUAGAGAUUUUUGUAAAGAUGAUGAAAAUUUAAUUAUACAAUUACGUCUUUUAGAAACAUAUUAAAUUUAAAGAGAUUUUGAAAUUAAAACAUGUACUCUCAUUGAGAUAGUUCUCAAUUUUCAAUUUAUUAACUGACGUCAACAAAGUUUGGAAGUAAUUAUGAGUCAUUCAGGAAUUUUCUGGAGUAAAUAUGGUGACCCUUUACACCUAAUAUCAGCAUGCAUAUUCUCCAUACUGUCCGCGUAUUUCCUGAGGUGCUGACGAGGAGAACUUGUUACGCAGUCAAGAGCUUUUUAAAGCGGUGAUCAUUUUUUAAAUUCUCGUUACCAUUAUGUGUGAUUUGGGGCUGAUAUUGUAAGGAGAAAUUAGAUGCAAGUCACUCUUAGGGCUCGUUUAGGCAUGAUAAUUAAGUUCAAUAAAGAAUCGCGGAGAAUUCGUUACGCAGUCAUGAGCUCUUUAAGUUGUGAUAUCUUUUUACUCUUGUUACCUUUAUGUGUGAUUGGGGGUAAUAUUGUAAGGAGAGAUUAGAUGCAAGUUACUCUCACGAGUUGAAGCAUAAUCAUUUUGAUUGAAAUUUAAAAAUGAAUUUAAAAUAUUUAAAAAUUUUAUAUUUUUCUACAGAAUCGUGCAUGAGGUUAAUAUUCCAAAUUCUUGAUUGUGUUGAAUCUAUGUACCAUCUUUUGAGGAGUAAAGGUUAUUGGACGAUACGAAGUCUUAUUACCAAGUAAUCAUAUUAAAACCAAGGUUGUGAUUGGUUGAGUUAAAUUAAUACUAUGAAAGUGAUUGGCUUAUUGAACUGUCCAAUAACAAACUCUGAUAACAACUUGGAAAGUGAAUUAGAAGGAAAUAAGAGUUUUUAGACCAAUCACAAUCGAGGAAAUUGUAAUUGUUAUGAUUAAUAGACAAUAUCCAUGAAUUCGAAGUGUGCUUCACUGCCGGUAGGUACAAUUUCCGUCACCUAUUAACUUAAAUCUAAAAAGUUCUUCUUUAAUCAUGAUAAUUCUGUGAUUGCAUUUGAAAUGAAGUUCUCGUAGUUUAUUCUCUUAACACUACUUCUGUUCCAGAUUCUCUAACACACAUUCAUUGCGUAGCAAACAAGAGUCCUC